GUGGCGCCAAGAAGGGAAAAGUACGCACUAUCCGUAAUAAUAUUCCGACAGACGCACUGCGGACUAGAAGCUGACCGUCAGUCCUCGUCGUCGUUUCGCAGCUUUUCUCAAAGCUGUGCUUUUUUUUCCUUUUUGUGCAAUCAGUGACAGUGCGUCGAUCGUUAAGAGUGCGCUAUUUUCUUUUGUUGUGCGAACGCGCAUGGUCCUAGCAAGGGAUCAUCGCGGGUGUGCGACAUUUUCCUUUGAAAAAUUGAGAUAACUUUAGGGAAAAAGCGACGCAGGAGGAAAAAAAAUGAAACACUGCGGCUGUUUUUCAAUGAAUGUGCAUUAAGAAAAUUUGGUCCCUUCAAAGAGCUGUUUCUGAUCAAUUGACAGUGACACUAGUAGUUUGGUAGUUUGUUUUUGUUCUUCGCUGGAAGAGUCGUUCGCUGUAGAGAAAAAAUUGAAAAAACAGUCACUUAUCGAUUGAGAAAUACCAAGAUUUUUUCCAAGGCAUUGAUAAUGUCGGGCCUGCUAUACACGCUGCUGGGCCUGGCGGCGAGUACGAGUCUGCAUUGCGCGGUACGUCGCGAAAUAAGCCCAUGCACUUGCCGCCAAGAGGAUUUUUCAAUGCCGGUGAUCACUGGACCAACGUCGAGUCAAGGCGUAAGUCCAGUUGUCCAUCCGGUCACGCACGGCGAACGAAUCGAAGUGGAAUGCGAGAGAAUGGAGUCGUUUAAUCAGGUGUCCGAGGCACUGAGAGGGAGGUUUACGUUGGACCAACAGAUUAUACUCAGGGUCUCGCAUUCCCAGCUCAAGGACAUCUCCAAGCACGACUUCAAAGAGCUCCAGAUGUCCAUUACGCGGCUCGAUCUCAACUACGAUGGCCUCGGACUCUUAGAUGCAGAGGUGUUCGCAGGCCUGGGUCGAACGCAAUACUUGAGCUUGGCGGACAACGAGGUGCCGACAAUACCGCGCCAGAUGCUCUCGCAUUUGUCGCUGUUGCGGACUCUUGACCUCAGCAGAAAUCGGAUCAGCCGCAUUGAACCUGAUGACUUCAAGUAUAAUCCAACCUUACAAUAUCUUCUUUUGGCUGGCAACAUGAUAUCUGAAAUGUUACCGGGAUCCUUGCCUCCUUUGAUCAAACAUCUUCAUGUUGGAAGAAAUGAGCUAUCGAGCCUCAAUCGUACUCUCAAAGAUCUGAAUCAACUCGAGUGGUUGUUGAUUAAUUCGAAUGAGCUCACGUCGUUGGAUGGUGAAUUGCCAUCUUCGGGACAUAAUUUGAAGAUGCUAUAUGCAGUGGACAACAAACUGACUCACUUACCUGCUGAAUUCCGCUUUCUUCAUCGCCUCGAGUCUCUAUUUCUUCAGCACAAUGAGAUAACCAGUCUUGAUGGUACCCUGCAGAAGGCCCGCAAGCUCAAGUUCCUCGAGCUUUCUUAUAAUGAUCUGCAAGUGCUUAGCGAAGAUGACUUUGUCGAAGCUGAAAUGUUGGAAGACCUCGAGCUCGGCCACAACUCACUGAAAUCAUUGGGCGGUGACGGCACCUUCAACCCCGAUGGUACAUUCAAACUCAGUGCUCUCUAUCCGUUGAAAGCUCUGAAAUGUUUGAAUCUAACACAUAACCAACUCACCGAAUUCUCUUUCACAUCUCUGCGUGGGUUGCGCGAACUGCGUAUGGUGGACCUUUCCAGCAAUCAAAUCAGCAGACUUAUGCGCGCUAGACCUCCCACGGAGCGAACGAUCCUUUCUCCCACGGUGGUAUUGCAGAAUUUGGUUGAGGAGGAGGAUGACAAUGCCGGAGCGAGUAUUCAAGAUUUGCGAUUGGAACACAAUCGAUUGGCGAAUAUCGAGGGUUCGAUUUUCACCGGCAUGAAGGAACUGGAAAGGCUUAAUCUUAGCCACAAUGCUCUUGGACCAACACUAAGCCUGAGGGAUCUCAGGGGUCUUGAUGGUUUGCGUGUCUUGGAUUUGUCCUACAAUGAACUUACUACUCUCGAGGAUACGUCUGAGACGUGGUUACCGCUUUUAGAAGAGCUCAAUUUGUCUCAUAACAAGCUGGCAACCCUUUCGGAGCGCGAUUUCCGCGGUUUCCCUGGCCUUUGUUGGGUGGACGUAAGCUCCAACAAAAUUAGCACCUUGAAGCCUGAGCUUGUGGCUAACACUAGGUGUACCGUUCAUGGUGUACCAGACGUCUUACGCAUCUAUUUACAAGAUAAUCCAAUACUAUGUGACGCCGGACUAGCAGAUUUAACAGUAGCUCUGGAGGUAAACCAUGCCAAGGUUUAUUGGGUAGCAAACGAAUGCCCAACAGCCACACCCCCAAAGACGACAACAAUUGAACCAACACAGCCACCUCCGUUGCCACCGACUUUGAUAUUAGCAGCUGCAGCAGCUGCCUCAGGUAGCAAUGUUUCGUUUGCUGCGACGCUCGAGUAAAGCUAUACAUGUGAAAAUUUUCUUUUUCUAAAUGUUAUUACCAAUCCUCUUGUACGACCGACACUCCGUUGUCGAUGAUUUAUAAAGUUGAAAGGAAAAACGAGAUAUUCCGACGAAGCAGUAUAUAUGAAACAUUAACACUAUUUUGUCAUAAGUGUUUAAACAAGUUGUUAGGUAUUAGGGUGAAGCUAUUUUUCAACGGGAUCGAUAAACCAAGAUGAAGGUCGGUUAUUACGAAUUGAAAUUAUCGAAGACGGUAUAAUACUUUGUGCAAACUACUUGUUAUGAAGAGAUAUAUAUUUUUUUGGAUAAACCUUGAUUGAUGAUUUUUACACGAUUAAGCAUUCCUUAUGAAUUUUUUGAAAUUUAAGCUGAAAAGAUCAACAUGAAAGUUUAAUCGACAUUAUUUAAUUUAUAAAUUUAAUAGAUUUGGAUUUUUCUAACUCGAACGAAAUUUAACUCUGCUUAAAUUUUUAUUUAAAUUGCGUGGUCUUAUUAGAUUUAAAUUAUUAUAUAUUAAGAUUCAUUCAUUUAUAAUACAUCCAGCGUUAUUAUCACAUCUUACGUGUAAAUUAUUGAUGAAAAGGAUUUGUGAGUUAUCUUUUGAAAUAUAUGUUGAAAAGAAAUUAUUUUAUCGGUCAAUGGUUCUUUCAUAUGUUCAAGUGCGACUAUAUAUACAAGUGUAUUUCAAAAGAUAAUUAUAUUUUACUAUACAGAAGCAUUAUUUAUAGCUCAAUCUAGUUCACAAUAUCAGUAGCGAAGAUAAAGAAAAUGGAAAAAAAAGAAAUAUUUUCAUGUUAUAUGGAAUACAAUAUAAAAAUGAUGUGCUAUAUUUUCUACAAAAUAUAUGUAUUAUAAUAGUUCAAUUACCGUAUCAAAAGAUUAAUUUUUUAUUAUUCAAAGUACUUUUGAAAGCAAUCAUUCUCAGUAAUUUUGUCUGGAAAUUCAGCACAUAUAUGCAUAUAAGAGACUUUCGAAGUAAUGAUAUACAUUAAAGUCAAGCAAAUGGCGAAAAGAUAAAAUGUAUGAAACUCAUGGUAGAAAAUCAUGUAGUUCUCGAUAAAUAUUUAUAUAGACAUAUGAAGAGUAGCACUAUACUUUUAGGCCAAAAAAAUGUGUAAAUAAUUUUAAUAGAUUUCACGACGAGCUCCUUGUAAAAUUACACUAUUUUACCGUUCCUUACAUUGAGCGAUUCUAUCGGACUUUCAAACAAAAAAAAGAAUAA